AUGUAAUAGUAUAUGGAAGAGGCAUCCAAAGUCAUUCCUAAAAAUCUCACUACUUAUUUUAACACAGUUGUAGGUGCUCUAAACAUUUUCUAAACGAUGGCUAAUAAGUUUUACCCUGAAUAUAUGGAGGUGCAAAAUGCAAAGGAUUUUUAAAUAGAUGACCCAACAGUUUACUCAUCAAUAUAUUAAGGUGAUCCUUAAUUAGAAAAUAAUAAGAGAAAAUCUAGAAUUUUAAAAACUGAGCAUUACAAACAAAUGGAUAAAUUUUUAGAAAAGUACAAUUUUGAUAAGCAAUUCAAUUCAUAAUUGAUAGGGCAACAUUUUUUUAGUGAAGCUAUCGGAUGCUGUUAAAUAGAACUAUAGACAAUCAUAGGUGACAAAUCUGGAAUAUUUUAUGAAUAGUCAGGAAUUCUAGAUAAGACAAAAUGGCUGAACCAAGCAAUUGAUGAAGUAUCACUAAUCUUGUUAGAAUAUUUCAAAGGGUAAUUCUAGAAGCAGUAGAUCUUGGAAGAAUAUAUUGUUUCAUUUGCAGAGAUAUAAAGUAAGGUUUAUCAAAAAGUAAAUAAAAGAGCAAAGGCAACAUAAAAAGAUUCUUAUAUUAAGUUGAAGCAAAAAAUAAGGUAGUAUUUUAAAGAAUUGCAUGAUGUAGAUGUUUAACUUCAAACUAUAUGUAGUUAAAUUAAAUCUCAAAAUAUUUCAAUUUUAGAUUCUAAAAAAUUAAUAGAAAAUCAAUACCAAAUUUAAUUGGCUAGUUUUUAAGAACACAUUUAGCAAAACUAUGGGUAUGCUUUGACAAAUGCAAUUAUUCAUAAAUAUUGUUAAAAAUUAAGAAGAAAUUAUGUCUCAACAGUAUAAAACAGUUUUGCUCCUUAUUUAAAUUUCAAUUAGGAAGAAAGGCAUAAAGAAUAUUAAUCUUUAGUGGAGCUCAAUUUCCUAACAUAUUUUCAUAAUAAUCAGUUUAUUCAAGGUAUUACUGAAUAAAAUCUCAAUUCAAAUUUAUAAUACAUAAUAUACUCGAUUGAUUGGAUUUAAUCCAGUGGUGAAGCUGAUGAAGCAUUGAAACUUUUGGAUACUUUAUCAGGUUUUAAUCUUAAUGUAAGUUAAUCAAAGAGUCAAAUAUUUUACAACCAGCAAUUUUCGGUUAAUGUCCUUGCAAAUUUCAAAAACCAUAAUAAAUAAAGAUGUGAAAAGGCAUUGUAAUGGUGGAAUACUGAAGUAGAUGAAGAUACAAAUAUACAAAUUAUUUGUUAAAUCUAUAUAAUUCUAGCAGGUAUAACAAUUCGGGAUAAUAAAUUAAUAUUUGGUGACUAUGAACCUGCCAAAAGAAAUGCCUUCUCCCUCAUAUUAAGAUAAUUAAAUAAUGGAAAAUAUCAAUAUUUUAAUAAUAUAUUGAUGAAAUUAUGUGAAAAAGUGACUGAUAAAAUCUAAUUUCAAAUACUAAAUGAAAUUGAAAAUAGAUUAGAAAAUAACAAAAUUGAAUAAUUAGAUGAUGUGAUGUAGUUGCCUUUCUCGAUUGAUUUGUAUGGUACAUAAACUAAUGUUUCGCUAUUUGGUCAAGUUUAAAAUUAAACCUAAAUUAAUUUUGAAUUUUACAAAAAAUAUGAAUACUUAAAAAUGAUAGUUUCAGGAAAAAAUGGAAAUAAUGCAAAAACAUAGAAGGAAAUUCAAUAUUCCAUAAUUUAAAAACAUUUUGAGGAAAUUAAAACAAAACUUAUGGACGAUCACAAUAAAAAAAAGAAUAAAUCAGAAGAAUCUGAGGCCUUCAUGACACCUCCAUCACAAAUGUACUUUCAAUUACUUUCAAAUAAAGAAAAUAACUCGAAUGUGAUAACACUAUGUAUCUCUGGAUUCCUGAGUGGAGAUGAGGAUAAAUCUUCUUAAUGGGUUGAUUUAUUACAUUCCUGUUCUGGUACUGUAAUUGGAUUACAUUGGAAUUGCAGCGAAACAAAAGAAUUCUUUUCUACUGUGGCUUAAAAUUUGGUACCUCAAAUAUUUUCGAAAUUUAAUGCCGUCGGAGUAGCAUUGAGUGCAGUGUCAUUUCUUACUUAAAAUCCAUAUGAGAAGGCUAGCAAGGAAGCUGAAAGAGUUGGAAAAUAUUUGGCAUAUUUAAUUGCUGAAUACAAACUAUUUGGAAAUAGAUAAAUUAACAUAAUUUGUCAUUCAUUAGGUAGUGUAAUUGUUUUGGAAUGCAUAAAAGAAUUAGAUAAACUGUAUGAAAAAAAAAAAUAAUAAUUUAUUAAUGAAAUAAUGAUAAUGGGAGGAGUGGCUGAUAUUUUCAAGUUACAAAAGAGAAGAUGGAACGCAGUGGCUGGAAGAAUUUAUAACACUUAUUCAAAAAAUGAUUAAAUCUUGAAAUAUGUAUUAUAAAUAGCAAAGGUCUUUGACUCUCCUUGUGGAUUAAAGCCCAUAUAUUUAGGGUAUAAAUAAGUGGUAAACUGUGAUUUCACAGAAAUAGUUAAUGGACACUCUGAUUAUUGGAAUAAGAUGAUAAAAAUACUAAUGCAUUCUGAUUUUAACAAUGACUUUAAGUUCAUGACUAGCUCAAUAAAGGAAAUAUUUUGA